AUGGCCCGCUCCAAUUUUGACGCAUUGCAGGGUGUGACCGUGACUCUCCUUUUGCAUCUCUUUCAGGCUGACCAGCUUACUGAAGAGCAAAUCGCAGAAUUCAAGGAGGCCUUCUCCCUCUUCGACAAGGACGGGGACGGCACCAUCACCACUAAGGAGCUCGGCACCGUGAUGCGGUCUCUGGGGCAGAACCCGACCGAGGCAGAGUUGCAGGACAUGAUCAACGAGGUAGAUGCAGAUGGGAACGGCACCAUUGACUUCCCCGAGUUCCUGACCAUGAUGGCGCGAAAGAUGAAGGACACAGACAGCGAGGAGGAAAUCCGGGAGGCCUUCAGAGUGUUUGAUAAGGACGGAAACGGCUACAUCAGUGCAGCUGAGUUGCGCCACGUGAUGACAAACCUCGGGGAGAAGCUGACGGACGAGGAGGUGGACGAGAUGAUACGGGAGGCGGAUAUCGACGGGGACGGGCAGGUCAACUAUGAAGAGUUUGUGCAGAUGAUGACCGCAAAGUGAGGCCUGCAGAGCGGGCAGCUGGCGAUGCCCAAUUCUCCUUCGAUACUUUUUUCUCCGACACACUCUCUUACUUAAGUAACCUGGUUCUCUAAGCAAACAAUCGGCUGUGGAAUAAAAUCUGACCAAGCAAUUAAAGAAAGAAAGAAAACCUUCCCAAGCUGCAUGAUUGCACGCUCUCCCUCCCCUUGCUCUUCCUCCCUUCCUCCUCCUCUUCCUCCCGGUGCCUCCCCUUAACAUCCCGAAGGAAACCCCCCCCCAGCCUUGUGGAUGUCUUUGUUUCCAUCGGGUCUUCUGUUCGGCAGUCAGUGCUGGCCCCUCUCCCGGGGCGCCGAGUCUUUCUCUCUCUCUCAAGAAUCCACACGAUGGGGUGGAGACGAGCGCAAAACCCUUCUUUAAUCGUGUUGCAUGCGUCUGGCAGUGUGGUCGUGCGCAUCGGCCCGGCGGUCGCCACCAGAGGGCUUGCCCCCGCGGAACACCGACCGAGGGGGUACGAGGAAGAAACUGGGGAGGGGGUGUGUGUGUGUCUUAGUUUUUGUGGGGCGGGGGUGGGGGUGCCAUCACAAAAAAACCCACUCGGGAGCGCGUAGCCGAAGGUGGAUUCCGGAGAGGUCCUAUCAAGCGUGCUUUGGGGGAAGAAACCGGGGGAGGGGGUCUCGACAAGGUCCGAUUGGCUCUUUAGAAAAACCUAUAAAAGCGACCCACCCCCCUCCACCAACAAACCACCUGCAGCUUCGACUUUUUGUCUCCGCUCUUGAACCCUGUAUAAAUUGUAAAUGUCCUUCCAGUUUUCCGAAGCAUUUGUGUUCAGACAUGAGCUGCUAUGUAAAUACCUGAUGCCGCAGGCCCAGCUAGGGCGCCCGCGUGUGUGGAGAUGGCAGACGCUGUGGGUCGGCAGCGGGGGGGGGGUUGGGGGCACGAGGUGGCGCAAAAAGACAGUGAGGCCGCUGCUGAGCGAACGCAGUUGUCUUGCCCAGCGCGCCCCCCCCCCCCCCCCCCCAAGCAAGGCUCUUCUUUUUUUUUGUCGUGGCUCUCGGCUUUCGCGCCUGUCCCUCCGCAGCUUGGCUUGGGCCGUCUGUGCUCUUGAUGUCGCUUUCCUUCAUCCGCGCCUUCCCUCUCCCUUGCAGCAAACGGCAUGAGCUGUAGAAUUGGCUUUUCUUUUCUUAUUCCCCCCCCCCUCUCUCCACGUUCUGUUUUUUAAUUGACGACGACGACAACAAAAACACGCAAAGGUCUUGGAGGGGAAACUGAAACCAGCAGCAGAAUUUCCCUGAAUACCGGGUGAAUGAAGAGUGCUUUGGCGCGCAGUCGGCAGAUGGAUUGGACCCACGCCGCCUCGGUUUUAUUUUUUCCGCCCCCGGUCUUUCUGCACCCCCGGCGUGAGCUGGUGGUUGGAAGGGGGUCUUUUCUCGCCUUGAGAGCUUGGAAAGGAGUUGGGGCGUGGGGGAGAAGGUUGGAACAAGGGUGUCCUUGAAAGCAGGUGGUGUUGUGUUCAGUUCAAGCUGUGAAAAUAAAAAUUAUAUCAAUGUUUUCCAAUAAAAUGCAGUGACUACC